AACAAUCAUUCGUUUUCCUGCUAGAAAAUAUUUCAUUGUAAGUCUUAACUUAACUGUCUAUUUAGUUAAAAAAAAAAGUUUUUUUUUCUGCUUUUGUUUAUUGAGUAAAGUAACUGUAAUAAGUGUUGUUUUUUUAGUGGAUAAUCCGGAUUUUCUUGAUUGUAUUUAUGCUGCUCCAAACGGACUUGGACGAGUUGUCGAGCAAUGUUUGGUUGAUAUUGGUUGUUGUGCAACAACUUGUUGCAACAACACUUCAUGGCAAACAAAAUAUCGUUGGGCAGUUGCACUGAUUUGUAUUUUCUCAGCACUUGUUCUUAUUGCUUUAGUAGCAUGGCUACUAUCUUACCUGUUCAAUAGGCAGAAAGAUAAACGGCAGAAAAAGCUGCUUGUUGGAUCAACCAGAGGUAUCAUUGAUCAAGGUUAUUAUCCGUAUGUUGGUGGACCAACACGUAAUUACUGA